AUGCCUCCUAAACAGAAAAUAUCUCAUAAGGCUGCUGUGCGAGAUCGGUCUAUCGAUUACGUGACGUUCAAUUCCUCGAUUGACCCUUCGCUGGACAAAUACUACCAACUCACUAGUGUGUUGUUGACGCUUCUCGCUUUGGGCACCAGAUUCUACUAUAUCUGGUACCCAGACGAAGUGGUGUUCGACGAGGUCCACUUUGGUAAGUUUGCCUCGUACUACCUCGAGAGAACCUACUUUUUUGACCUCCACCCGCCGUUUGCCAAGCUCCUGAUCGCCUUUGUUGGAUAUCUUGUUGGCUUUGAUGGAAAAUUCAAGUUCGACAAUAUUGGAGACAGUUAUGUUUCCAACUCCGUCCCUUACAUUCCUCUUAGAGCCCUGUCGGCAAUCCUCGGCGCUCUCACCGUCCCAUUGAUGUUCAACACCAUGAAGGAGUGCGGCUACGCCAUCCCAACAUGUACUUUUGCUGCCCUUUUGGUCUUGUUCGACAAUGCCCACGUUGCAGAGACAAGACUCAUUCUUUUGGACGCAACCUUGAUCUUCUCGGUGGCAGCAUCCGUUUACUGCUACGUCAAGUUUGUCAAACAAAGAAAACACCCAUUCACCUAUCCAUGGUACAAAUGGCUCCUACUCACUGGUGUCUCACUUUCGUGUGUGAUUUCCACCAAGUACGUCGGAGUCUUCACCUUUGCCUGUAUCGGUGUUGCCGUCAUCUGGGACCUGUGGGAGCUGCUUGACAUCAAGAAGGGCCUUACAAUUAGAGUCUUUGCCAGACACGUUGUCCAAAGAGCCUGGGGUCUCAUUGUGAUUCCAUUCCUGAUCUAUCUCGGCUGGUUCUACAUCCAUUUUGCAAUCCUCACCAAGUCCGGUCCGGGAGAUGCGUUCAUGUCCUCAGACUUCCAGGAAACACUGGGCGACUCGCCGCUGGCCAGAGAAGCCAGAGAGGUCCAGUUCCAUGACAUCAUCACCAUCAAACACAAAGAUACCCAAUGUCUUUUGCACUCCCAUCUGUACAACUACCCAUUGCGUUACGAGGACGGAAGAGUUUCGUCGCAGGGCCAACAGGUGACCUGUGUAAAGGACUCUAACGACGAAAACAACCACUGGCAAAUUCUUCCUGCAUUGCAAUACCCAGAAGACCAGCUAUUUGGCCAGACCGUUAAGCAGGGAGACACCAUUAGAUUGAAACACGUGGCAACCGGAGGCUAUCUGCUCACCCACGACGUUGCCUCGCCAUUAUUCCCAACCAACGAGGAGUUCACCAUCAUCAACGACGAACAAUCGGAGACCACCAGAUACAACGACACUUUGUUCAGACUUGAUCCGUUUGACAAGAGAAAGCACGACGUGCUCAAGUCCAAGGCGUCUGUCUUCAAGCUGUUCCACGUCCCAACCACAGUGACCAUGUGGACCCACGACGACCAGCUGCUUCCAGACUGGGCUUUCAACCAGCAGGAAGUCAACGGCAACAAAAAAGUCACCGACCCUGACAACUUCUGGACAAUCGACAGCAUUGUGGGUCUUACCGGUAAGCGUGCCGAGUAUGUUCCGAAACAGGUCAAGAGUCUUCCAUUCUUGACCAAAUGGUGGGAAUUGCAGCUCCAGAUGUUUGAACAGAACAACAAGUUGAGUGCGUCGCAUCCAUUCGCAUCUAUGCCUGAGUCGUGGCCAAUGUCCUUAUCGGGAGUUUCUUUCUGGACUAAGACAGACACCAGAGAGCAGAUCUACUUUAUUGGAAACCUGUUUGGCUGGUGGCUCGAGGUGGCUUUGUUGGUUUGUUACGGUGGUGUUUUACUUGCUGACCAACUCACGAGACGCAGAGAAAUUUACGUGUUGAACAACAAAUCCAGAGCAAGACUUUACAAGAGCAUUGGAUUUUUCUUCUGCGGAUGGGCCACCCACUACUUCCCAUUCUUCCUCAUGAACAGACAAAGAUUCUUACACCAUUACUUACCUGCACAUCUUCUGGCAGCUAUGUUCUCGGCAGCGUUGCUGGAGUUCCUCUUCACCGACAACAGAGCCAGUGAGUACAAAGAUCCAAAGGAUUCCAACACUCCUGGAAGCAUACACUGGAUUCCGUACAGUUCGGUUCUGGUGCUGCUGUCUGCUAUGCUGAUUGGCACGUUUGUGUUCUUGGCUCCUCUCACCUACGGAAAUGUUUCUUUGAAUGUUGAGCAGAUCUUAGAGAGACAAUUCUUUGACAUCAAGUUACAUUUUGCCAAAUAA